AAGUAUAUUAUAAUAAGUCUUUUAUUAAUUAGCAAGUAUUGUAAAGACUUUGAAUAUACAUUAUCACGAACAACUCCCAGUUACCAACAACGAUGACGUCACUAUUAUCAGCGAGUCGAAGCAUACAAGAAUUACACUACAUAGACGCAAGUUUACUUGACAUAGUUAUGUGACGGAUAUUAUGAAGUGUUAUUAGAGUGAUAAAAUACGAUGCAUCUAUCGAGUGAAGUGAGUUCUACGACAAACGGCCUGGGCCACGAGGCUCCGUCGUCGAGUUAUGGGCUGCCGAGUCAGCCCCUGACUGCUGAGCUACUCGCUGAAAGGACCCUGGAGGGGUUGCUGGCUGAUCAUCCUGGGGAACUGGUGAAGACUGGAAGUCCCCAUGUUGUAUGUACAGUGCUGCCACCGCACUGGCGGUCGAACAAGACACUGCCGGUGGCGUUCAAAGUGGUGGCGCUGGGAGAAGUCGGGGACGGCACACUAGUCACCGUCAGAGCCGGCAAUGAUGAGAACUGCUCCGCUGAACUGAGGAACUGCACUGCUGUUAUGAAGAACCAGGUGGCCAAGUUCAAUGACCUUAGGUUCGUCGGGAGAAGUGGGAGAGGUAAAUCCUUCACGCUGACCAUAAUGCUGGCGACGUCCCCCCCUCAAGUGGCGACGUACCAGAAGGCGAUCAAAGUCACAGUGGACGGCCCCCGGGAGCCAAGGUCGAAGACCCGCCACCACGGCUUCCAUCCUUUCCACUUUGGACCCAGAUUCGCACCUGACCCUCUCAUGGGGUCAUUGCCGUUUAAAUUAUCAGGAAUAGCACAUCAAUUAGCAGGCCUUCCGGGUGGAGAAUGGGGGGCCCUGGCGCGGCACUACCCCCCGCCAUUGCUGCCCUCACAUGCGCACUUCACGCCGCAUGUCCUGCCGCCUGCGCAUACGCAUCCUACGCACGCCCCUUCUCUAACGCAGCAAGAGCCGGACACUGCACCAGAAACCCCAACAACGAUGCACGCGCACAGCACCACGAGUCCGGCGAACUCGCGGCCAAGCUCCCCUCAAGAUGACGAUAUCUCCGUCACCGCUUCCACCAGCCCACCACCUGAUGAUCGCCCAGGAGCGUUCACCUCCGUUGCCAGAACGCGAAAACCUCUACAACCUUUACCAGCACCGUCCAGCUUAUUCCACAGCGCUUUAGCAGCCCAAUUAUUCCUCAACUCCCCCCUUUUACCAACACCGCCAGCGUGGCUAUACUCCCAAUUAUACGGAGGCUAUGAUUGGUGGUUGAGACCGCCUCCACCACAAGAAGACUCCAGCUCAAGUCCAGAUAGAGAAGAGGAAGGCUCAACGACUUCUGGAACGGGAAAAAAGAGGUCUGCGUCUCCGGAAUGGACCGACCCGAUCAGAACACGUAGUAAAUCCCUCAUCACGGAGAAGAGACCCGUCGAUGUAUGGCGUCCGUAUUAAUCAGAACUAAAAUGUGAGAAUACAGGUUAUUUUGUAAAUAAGUGUUCGUCUCGAUCCCCGUCCACAGUGAAUACAGACUAUUGUGAAUGGACGUUUUACAAUUAGCAUUGUGUACAGCUAGGUCCACAUAGCUUUGGUUGAUUUUAUGUACAACUUCUAUUCUAUUCCAGAUUGCCUCGUGAUUGAAAAGAUAAUAAUAUUUUAAAUAAAAAGCAUGACAUUUUCAAAUAAAAUAACUUUGCAUGGCCUUGGUCCUUGGCCUUAUAUGUUUUAAAACCUAAAUGCCCCUAAAAUUUGGUUCAAAAAAUAAAUAUGGAGCUAAGUGGACUACGCUUUAGGUUCAAUACGAAUUCGGUAAUUAGGUAUAAUUGUCGAUGUUUUUACGUUAGAUAAAUAAAUGUGGAUCUCAAAUUGUAAUGUUUAACGAAAUUGUUGACUGUAUUAUAAGA